ACAUUAAUAAACCAAAACAAAAGAAAGAAAAGAAAAAAAUGGCUAAUCCCUCGGGUUUUCUGCUCGCCAUUUCCUUACUCCUCACAACAACCCUGAUCACCGCCGUGUUGGCCGCCGAAUCAAGUGGUGUGCAUCACUUGAGCUGGGUGCCGGCGACGGUGAACAAGUCCGGUAGCUGCAAGGACUCAACGGCGGAGUGCAUGGCUAACGUGGACGAUGAUGAGUUCGACAUAGGGUCCGAGAUCAAGAGGCGCAUAUUGCAAACCACCACUUACAUAAGCUACAAAGCACUUCAGAGGGACACCGUGCCGUGCUCUCGAAGGGGCGCUUCGUAUUAUAACUGUCGGCCAGGAGCCGAAGCUAACCCUUACACCCGAGGUUGCAGCACCAUUACUCGCUGCCGUCGUUAAGGUUGUUCGCCGACGUCCUUUUUUUAAAAAAAAUUUGUAAGAUAUAGUUAUGUAGCAGCAAUAAGUGGAUGUGUUAGAAUUAUGAAGCUUCCCCUCUGGUGUGAUGAAUAUAUAUGUAUAUUAUAUAUAUGUAUGUAUGUGUAUAUAUGUUGUUGAAGAAAUUAUCCAGAUAUGUUGUCGUUGGUUAA